GCUCACACCGCUAUGUUCAAUUGAAGCGGGAAAUCUCUGAAAACUCCCCGUUCCUGCUGUCUCGCUCUGCAAUUCCAGUUCUCCAAUGGCGGUCGAUGCGAAUUUUGCUUCGUUGUUACAGAACCUCAAGUUAGAAGAUCCAUGGUUGCCUCCCAAACCAUGGGAAUCGAUCCCCUCUGAAAGCGGAGUUUCUCGCUCUGAAAGCAACUCAGCUUCAUCUUUCGAGACUCUUUACCAUCCGUCAACAAUAUUUGAGGCCAAUUUGGUGAGGCUGGCUUUAAAUGCAUUACAAGGUGUGCACUCGUCUCUCGAUUGCAUUGAGAAGAUAUCUGCAGAAUUUUGUUCUGAUCCAGCUGAUAGAACUUCUCACCGAAUUCCUAGUAUGUGGCACCGGUCAUCCAGCACUAGUGCUUUGGGAAGGAUUCUCAAGUCUAUAGGGCGCUCAGGUUUCAUGGUUUUCCUCAUCCGUAAAUUUGUAGAUUAUUUUGUUUGUACAAACACGAAUGUGGCAGGACAGUGUAGAGUAAAUAAGGAGGUGGGAGGGAAAGAAGUGGUUUCCGGGUCUGCCAAAAGUCAAGUGCAUUGUGGAAAUGAAAUUGGGGCAGAGCCUCCAUACAGUCUUGUUAAUCAGGCAUUCUCUGUUGCAGUUGGGAAAAUAUUAGAAGGAUACAUAUGUGCCUUAGAUACGCUGUAUUCAUCAAUUGAGCUGAGGCGUUCAUCAAAGAAUGUUGAUGCAUUGUCACAUGUUUCUGUUGGAGUAGGCUGUUUAACAAGUGUGGUGCAUUCUGGAAUUACUCUUCUGGAGGUAUAUCUGCACACAAAAGAAUUGAGAACUCGCAUUGAUGCUCUUGGAAAUAUAUGCUUACUGAAGAAUGUAGGUCUUGCCUUCUCAGUGUCUUCUCUUGAGGAUUUGACUGAUAAAGCCACCAUGGGGUUUUGUAACUUCCCCAUAGCAGGAAAUCUGCUUACCUAUUUGUAUACUCAGCUCAGGGAUGCUGAUCCAGUUCACCGUCCACUUCUUAAGUUUCUUUUUCUCCGAUCAUGUGAACCAUAUUGUGGUUUCAUUAAAUCAUGGAUUUACCAAGCAAAGAUUAGUGAUCCUUACAAGGAGUUUCUUGUAGAAUAUGUGGAUGACUCCCCACCUUAUUCUUGUGGUAAAGCUGGUUUUUUGAAUGACUUACCUUUGGCAUCUAUCAAGGAAAGAGUUGGAGUUGCAAUUCCUUGUUUUCUGAGAGAUUUUUGUCUCCCUCUAAUCCGAGCAGGCCAGCAGCUUCAAGUACUAAUUCUAUUACUUGAAUUAUGUAAUUCUAUGAUCAGUGGGAAUCAUACAUAUGAGGAAAUUCUUCCCUGUUGGAGUAUCUUAUCUAAUGAUCAUCUAUCUUACUCAACCCCAUUGAUGUUCAAUAAAAGAGACAUAGAAGAUAUGGUACUUGCAAGGAAUGAUAUGUACAGAAAGAUGCAGGAUAAAGCUCAACAUAUUUUGACAAGAUUACGCACAAGAUAUCCAAAGAUAAGCUGUAGUGCACUCCCUUAUGGUAAAUUACCUAGCCCUUUUAACAAUUGUACAGAGAUUCUACAUGUUCCAAUUCCAUUUGCAUCAGAUGAAAGGGCUGUAGAUGGUGAGGAUUCUGAAGCAUCUAGUACAACAGAUGAGUUUUCUUAUGCAGCAGAUCCUUUGGAGUUUUCAGAAUGUUCAUCUUUGAAUAGCUUUGAUGAGAAAAAUGAUGCCGAGGAACCUGAUGACCUGCAUGGUAGUUUGAUUGGGUUGCAAACAAGAUUUUUAUCAUCAUCAGUGUUAUUCACAGGUUUCUCCGUUGAAAAUUUAUCUCAAAAGCAACCUGAGACUGUAAAGUCACAUACUUUUGACUGUACUUCCAAUAAAACUUUUAGACCAGACAACCAUCUAGUGAAUAAACUUCAGGAAUUAAAACUGAAUCACAUCUCUGUGCCCCUUCAUCCAUCUACACCAACAUGGUCUAAGAUGUCGGAUAUUCAGUCUGAAGAUUAUCAGUAUGAUAUGUACUGGCCACUUGGAGGGCUUUCAAGAAAUCCUUUUAAUGUUGAUACAGACUUCAAUUUUGAGACACCACCGCAUGUCACUGAUUCCAACCUGAAGGUGUCCAACCAAAGUGCAGAAGUCUUGAAGGGUGGAAGUUCAUAUUUUGGUGAAAUGUUCCCUAGAAAUUCUGCAUUGGAGCAAGCAGCAGGCAAGGUUCAGUUUGAGAAUGGAAAUGGUGCUGCAUCUAAUUCAUUUAUCUUCCCAUCAUUGGAAUCUAAGUGCAUUAACACUGUCCUCGAUAUCAACCCAAUGCUUACAAAAAAUAAAUGGUUUCACAUGAUGGGCAUGUCAGGCAACAGGAGCUUCAUGGAUAAUAAUAAGUAUCUUUCAUUCUUUGAAUUUUCAUCAGUGGAAGAUCCUGUUAAGGUAAAUGGGGAAAGGUUGCUUGCUGGUCAGAAUCAUGAGUAUCAAUCUGAAAAUUUAUCUCCCUAUAGUGUUUCUGCUGAAAGAGGUAUGGUUGAAAGUGAAGAAGAAAAACACCAUGAUAGAGGUUAUAUUAUGGCGGACCAAGAAAAACUAUCUGAUGAUUGCUUACCUUUGGAGUCAAAGGAGAACCAACAAGAAGAAUACCCAUCAGCAGAUGUUUCUGGUGGAGCUAAAUGGGAAAAUUCACUGAGCUACUCUGGAAAAGGCCUGAUACAUGGAGCUAGAGGUCACAAGGAGUGUUUGGCUUCUACAGUUGAGAUACCAGUUGAUGUCAUUAUUGACAAAUGCAUGCUGCAGGAGAUCUUGCUUCAAUACAGGUAUGUUAGCAGCCUCACCAUCAAAUUGCUUGAAGAAGGAUUUGAUCUGCAAGAACAUCUAUUGGCAUUGCGGCGGUACCAUUUUAUGGAAUUGGCAGACUGGGCAGAUUUGUUUAUCAUGUCCCUUUGGCAUCAUAAGUGGAAUGUUGCAGAGGCAAAUCAGGGAAUACCAGUAAUUCAAGGAUUCCUCAAUUUGGCAGUACAAAGGUCUUCAUGUGAAAGAGACAAUUACAAGGAUAGGUUGUUUGUGUACACGAGAGGGCAUGGCAUGAUGCCCAUCUCAAGUUCUUCCAUUGGAAUUCAUUCAUUUGAUUUCAUAGCCUUAGGCUACAAAGUGGAUUGGCCGGUCAAUAUUGUCCUAACCCCAGGUGCGCUGCGAAUAUAUGCUGACAUAUUCAGUUUUCUGAUUCAAGUCAAGCUAGCUGUUUUUUCACUUACUGAUAUAUGGUGCUUCUUGAAGGACUUUGUGCAUUUAAUUAGUAGGAUUCGUGGUUCAGGAUUACAUGACCAGGAUAUGGGUUACUUCAAUAUUAUAGUGAAGAUGAGGCAUCAGGUCAAUCACUUUGUAUCUACUUUACAGCAAUAUGUGCAAUCACAAUUGUCACAAGUAUCCUGGUGCAAAUUUCUGCAUUCCCUGAAGCAUCAGGUCAAGGAUAUGCUGGAUUUAGAGGUGGUGCAUAUGACAUAUCUUGCAAGUUCACUAAACAUAUGUUUCUUGUCCGAUGAAACACGACCUGUAGCUAGCAUCAUCGAGAGCAUUUUGCAAUGUGCACUGGACUUCCGGUCAUGUUUUAUUGGGAAUGUUAGGAAUGUUGGAUUGGAUCAAGGAGAUUUGGCUGGGUUGCUUGCUCAGAUUAAUUUCACCCAGGUGCUGGCAAUCAAGGCAACGUUUGAGAAAAAUCUUAAAGAUUUAUAUCUCUGUUAUUUAAAGUCCCCAAAACAUGGGGACUUUGGUCUUUGUCGUUUCUGGGGGUAUCUUAAUUAUAAUGACUAUUAUUCAAACAUAUUUGGUGAUGGGAUAAUCCAUUUUGCACCUUGAGCCAUUUAUUUUCUAAGUUCUGAGAAAGCUUAAGAAAAGGCUUUGUUUGCCAUCUUCCAUUGGAACAGGAGGCAAGACAGGUCAGUGUGACCUGCUAAAUCACUUACUGCAUUUAGCUUGGUGAGCACUUAUCUGAAAUUGAGAGUUACUCCAGUGAGUCAAUAGAAGGGAUCUUUUUUUCUGGAACAAGAGCAUACAGUAUGUGACCUUCUAAAGUAUUCCCUGAUCAGCAUGGUUGUGAGCAAAUUAAGAGUUAUGUAUCAUAUGAAUCUGCCUGAGUAAAUAAUGAAGCAACAGGAAGGGAUGAGUCUUUAAACUACCAUUCUUGGUUUCAUGUUUUGUUAGUGGGCAGUCUUUGCAGAGAUUCUCACCUUUCACAUGCACAUCUGAAAUAUGUUUUAGUCAUAUGGGGUCCUGGUUCAUGAAAACUCAAACAUCAAAAUGUUCCCAAUUUAUUUUCAUUAAUGCGGUUCCUUUUAGCCCAGUUUUAUUUCAAGAUGUGCUAUGUUAGGUGUUUGGUUCUGGGAAGUAUGGGGUGCAUGUCUGCUGAGUAUCAGCCACACACUGAUAAGAUGGAACCAAUUGUAAUUUGGGUCUCAUUGAGAUGGUCUGAUCAUUGGGGUUGUGGAGUUUACUUUUUUUUUUUUUUUUUUGAGAGACAAGGUAGAUGCCUCUUGGGGAAAAGUGUACUUCUAAGAAGAUUUGGGGCUGAGUUUACUGGUAACAUUACAAGUGAGAAUUCCAUACUAGUGAGAUUUGUAUUAUUGCAAGAUUGUGGUCAGAGGUGCAAUCUGCAGUCUUAAAGGGAUAUGCCAUUACUUGUACUAAAUUGCACCUUCUACACUAUAUUAUUGUAAAGUUGUAUAGCAGUAACAACAGCAGUGAUGUAUCUUGGUGCUUUCAGUUUGGGCUUCUGUUGCUUAAUUUAAUGCAACUUUUUUUA